AUGUUACCCUCUUCAUUGUCCUCGUCCGCAUCAGCGGUCACCGUUUUAAUCUUUGGCCCUCAGUUUCUUUCCUUCGGCGACGAACACAAGCAUUUACGAUUGACUUUGGUUGCGCCUCCUUCCAGGCAAUGGGUCCUUGAGACUGCCUCACAACUCUCAAAUCACUGGGCAACUAUCAUUAAGGACUAUCCAUUGCUAGAGAACAUCCCAGUAGUGGAUCUGCUAAGCGACCUAGUUUGCUGGCUCGAAACCGGCACAUUCUUUCCUAAACUAGCCUCGUUACCCAAUGCUCUUCUCACCCCGCUGGUCGUAAUGACUCAGUUGUCUCAAUACUUGCAGUAUAUCGACCUAGUGUCGCCGGGAACACAAGACCCGCAUUCCGUCUUUUCACCAAACCUUGAAGCUGUUGGUUUUUGUGUUGGCCUUCUGAGUGCCUCUGCCGUGGCCAGCUCGACCAAUUAUACCUCAUUCUAUGAGAAUGCUACCAAGGCAGUCAGACUAGCCAUGCUAAUUGGAGGCUUUGUUGACGCCUAUAAUAGCAAUGCAAGUGGUCGCGAUAAUGCAAAGUCCUUCUCGGUGGGUUGGAACUCCCCGGAGAUCGGGUCCAAGGUGGCCCUCAUAGUAAACAAUUUCCCCGAGGCUUACACAUCUGUUCUUUACGAUGAGAAGCGGAUAACGAUCACAGUAUCAGAAAAUUGCACCACGUCACUGCUUCAUCGGUUAAAAGAAGUUGGCGCAACUGCCAGCGAACUGACUCUACGCGGCCGUUUCCAUUGCGCCGAUUAUAAAGAGGACGUCGAAAGGCUUGUUCGUUUUUGCGACUGUACCCCGGGCUUCCAACUGGCCAACGCCUCGGAGCUGGUGCUGCCACUACGAUCAAACGUGGGAGGCCGAAGGAUUACUGAGGGAAGACUUGAUCACAUCGCACUUCAUUCAAUCCUAGUCCAGCAGGCAGACUGGUAUCAAACCUUUGUCGCAGUACAAGCGUCUCGCUUGACAAAUCCAAACUCUCGUGCCGUCUCUUUCGGCUUGCAACGUUGCGUACCCUCGACUCUUAGCUCUCAGUUAGGUUCCCGUCUCCUCCACUUUGCGGAUGUAGAUGGGGCAACGUUACAAUCAGCUAAGACUCCCUCGAAAUCUCAAACGCUGUCGCGAUGCCUUGGAGACGUUAUCGAUAAUGACAUCGCCGUGGUGGGUAUGGCUUGCAAGGUUCCCGGCGCUGAUGAUGUCGAGGAAUUCUGGAAUCUCCUCUGCCGCGGUGAGUCACAGCAUCGUGAACUGUCCAACGACCGUUUUGAGCUCAAUACUGUAUUCCGCGACACGGAUCCAAAGCGACGCUGGUUUGGCAACUUCCUGGACGAUGUGGACGCCUUUGACCAUAAAUUUUUUAAGAAGAGCGCACGAGAAUCCACAUCGAUGGAUCCACAACAAAGAUUGCUCUUGCAGAUCGCCUAUCAAGCGGUCGCGCAGUCAGGGUAUUUCAAUGUACCAGGUGCUCAACAGGAUCAGCACAUCGGCUGCUAUAUUGGCGUUAGUAAUGUCGAUUAUCAAGAUAAUAUUGCCUGUCACCCUGCAACCGCAUACUCGGCCACUGGAACCCUAAUGAGCUUCGUUGCUGGAAAGAUCGCCCACUAUUUUGGAUGGACAGGCCCUGCGAUGAGCGUUGACACGGCCUGCUCCGGCUCUGCUGUUGCAAUCCACCAGGCGUGUAAGGCAGUCUUGAGUGGCGAAUGCACCGCCGCCCUCGCUGGCGGCGUCAAUGUCAUGACAGGGCCCCUUUGGUUUCAUAAUCUGGCCGGCGCCUCCUUUCUUAGCCAGACUGGUCCUUGCAAGCCUUUUGAUGCGCGAGGUGAUGGAUAUUGCCGAGGCGAAGCUGUCGGGGCGGUCUUCCUCAAGAAACUUUCCAAAGCUAUUCAGGACGGAGAUCAGGUCUUGGGUGUUAUUGCUGGGACGGCCGUUUUCCAAAACCAGAACUGCACAGCUAUUACAGUGCCCAAUUCCACCUCUUUGCGUGAUUUAUUCUAUCGUGUCACCUCACAGGCACGCAUUGACCCUAUGGAUGUUUCCGUGGUGGAGGCUCAUGGCACAGGUACCGCAGUCGGAGAUCCUGCCGAAUACAACAGCAUUCGCGAGGUAUUCGGCGGACCCAACAGAAAAGACAUACUAUCUCUUGGCUCAGUCAAAGGUCUGGUGGGACAUGCGGAAUGCGCUUCAGGGAUGGUCUCCUUGAUCAAGAUGCUGCUCAUGGUGCAGCGCGGUGUUAUUCCCCCUCAAGCCAGUUUUCACACCAUAAAUCCCAAUCUAAAUGCAUCACCAGCCGACAAUAUCGAGAUCAGAAAAAGUCUUACGUCUUGGAAUGCUGAUUUCCGAGUUGCGCUGGUCAAUAACUACGGGGCAUCAGGGUCUAAUGCCGCUAUGGUUAUAAGUCAGGCUCCGAUUCAACACAAGGUGACAAUGGGCACGGCCAAAAACUGCAAGCAACCAUUCUGGUUGAGCGGCUACGAUGAUCAGAAUCUGCGAGCAAACGCUAAGUCUCUCUUGAAGUUUGUGAAAGAAGUCAAAAACUCCUCACAGGUUCCAUCCAUGUCUGAUCUGUCGUUCAACUUAUAUCGUCAAUCCAAUAGUUCUCUGAGCAGUGCCACAUUGUUUGGUUGCGAUUCAAUCGGUAAAUUGGAAGACAUGUUAACAGCUAUCACCAACGAAGACCCCUCGGUCACACCAUUAUACUGCCUUGAGUCACGGCCAGUCGUGCUUUGCUUUGGCGGUCAAGUAUCGACGUUUGUUGGUCUAGAUCGCCAUCUAUAUGACAAUAUUACUCUUUUACGCAAUCAUCUUGAUCACUGCAACCAUCUCUGUCUGACUCUAGGUCUUGACGGAAUCUACCCAGAAAUUUUCCAGCGAACGCCUAUAGAGGAUACUGUAAAGCUGCAAACAGUCCUUUUUGCUAUGCAGUAUUCCUGUGCCAAAACCUGGAUAGACUGUGGCGUCAAGGUAGCUUCCGUCGUCGGUCACAGCUUCGGUGAACUCACGGCGCUUUGUGUAGCUGAUGGGGUUACCGUGGCCGAUGCUAUCAAAAUGGUCGCUGCUCGUGCCCGGGUGAUUCGCGACUCAUGGGGCCUUGAGAGAGGUGCCAUGGCAGCAGUAGAAGGGAAUCUUCAAGAUGUCGAGAAUCUGUUGCUAGACUCUAGCAAAGUUUGUAACUCGGAGCGCGCAGCUACCAUCGCCUGCUAUAACGGCCCGCGAAGCUUCACGCUGGCUGGUUCCUCCAAAGCCAUUGACGCCGUCGUUGGGGUAGUCCGCGAAAACAACCGCUUCUCAUCUACCAUGAAGGUCAAAAAGUUAAACGUUACCAAUGCAUUCCACUCCACGCUGGUUGAUCCUUUGAUGGCUGAACUUGAACAAAGUGCCAGCUCGAUUAACUUCCAAGUGCCAACCAUUCCCAUCGAAAGGGCGACGGAGGUGGAAUCAUCACGUAGUGUUCUCACUCCUCGAUUUAUCGCUGAGCAUCUAAGAAAUCCCGUCUAUUUCGACCAUGCGUUACGGAGAUUAUCAGCGAGGUAUCCUGCUUGCAUGUUCUUGGAAGCCGGUUCCAAUUCAACCAUUACCACAAUGGCCGCUCGUGCACUUGGACCUUCAUCGGGUCAUCAUUUCCAAGCAAUAAACAUAACUAGCAACAACGCUUGGCAAAAUUUGACCGAUGCAACUCUGACGAUGUGGAAGCAGGGCUUGAGGGUGGCCUUCUGGCCACAUCAUGCAUCACAGACGUAUGAUUAUACUACACUUCUUCUGCCACCAUUUCAAUUCCAAAAGUCCAGACACUGGCUAGAUCUUAAACAACCCGACAAGACACUGUUCGAGUCGGCUGUCUCAUCAACUUCCGAACAAGAGCCGAAGGGACUUUGGACCUUUGUUGGAUAUCAAGAUGUCCAGCAGCGUCAUGCACGCUUCCGAAUCAACUCCAUGACAAAGGAAUUCGAGAUAUAUGUAUCUGGACACACAGUCGCUCAUUCCGCUCCUCUGUGUCCUAGCACUCUCCAACUAGACAUUGCCAUAGAAUCAAUCUUGAGUCUCCGUCCGGAGUUCCUGGAACAGGACAUGCAACCACAGCUUGCUGGUAUGGAAAACCACGCUCCUCUGUGUAUCGAUGCCUCUCGAAAGGUCUGGCUAGAUGUUGAAGCGACAGACGCUGAAGCCCAUCACUGGGAGUGGAAGAUUUUUAGCAACGGUGAAAGUGGUAGCACUAGCACCACCCAUGUUUCGGGCCAGAUAAUAUUCAAAUUAGGCAAAGACAUCCAUCUGCAAAAGGAAUUUAAGCGCUACGAGCGUCUUGUCGGACACCGCCGCUGCUUAGCUUUGUUGGAGAGCAAGGACGUGGAUGGUGGCUUGGAGGGUCGUAACAUCUACCAAACGUUCGCGGAGGUUGUAGACUAUGGUGAGAUCUUUCGUGGAGUGAAGAAAGUUGUUGGAAAAAACAAUGAAUCGGCUGGACGUGUUGUCAUGCCUUACACCGGCAAAACAUGGCUUGAUACUCCACUCUGUGAUUCUUUCUGCCAGGUCGCAGGUAUCUAUAUAAACUGCAUGACAGACCAUUCUGAUAAAGAAGUCUGUAUCUCCAGUGGGGUUAACCAACUAAUUCGAUCACCCCUGCUUCGGCCAGGCGAUUCACGUCCAGACAGUUGGGACGUUUUCGCUGUCCAUCACCAGUCGUCUCCGAGGUCGUGGUCUAGCGACGUCUUUAUUUUUGAUCCCCGAACAGGAAAUCUUUCGGAGAUAAUCCUGGGUAUUGAAUAUCAACUGGUUUCAAAGGUUGCUAUGGGAAAUAUGCUCCUCAGACUCACACCUGGUUACAAGCCCCGUCCAACAAACGGGCCAGUAGCACCUGCUGCGGAGUCUUCCGGCGUCAUGAAAACACAAAAAGUCACGCAGCAAUCACAGAAAGGUAGCAUACACCCGAAAACUGACGAAGGACACCUCGGCCAAGACAUCAAAAACCUGGUGGCAAAUGUCACUGGUGUAGAGGUGGAAAAAAUCCAGAAGUCUACGAUGCUGGCUGAUAUUGGCAUCGAUUCCCUGAUGGGCAUGGAAUUGGCGCGAGAAAUUGAAAUUGCUUUCAAGUGCGAACUAGACACGAAUCAGCUGAUGCUCCUAACCGACUUUGACAGCCUGACAAAUUGCGUUCACUCCGCACUUGGUAUCAACAACAACGCAGCUCCAUCUGACGGUGCUCAAAGUCCAACAGAAUCGUCCCUGCAUGAGGUUGUAACACCGGGGACAUGUACACCCUCCUAUGCUGCGGACAGUGAUAUCACGUCCCCUUUCUCCGAAGCUUACGUUGACAUACAGCCGGAGCAUGACACUAGUGAUUAUGCAGUCCAACAAGCUCAAGUUGAUGCCUAUGUUCGGAAAUAUAGUGAAGGAUUCUCUUCACCCAUUCGUCUUGAUAACGUCUCUCCGGAUUUAUCAUCGAAUUUUGUGUUGGUAACUGGGGCCACAGGAAGCUUAGGUUCUCACCUUGUGGCACAUCUCGCACAGCUCCCCAAUGUCGAUACCGUGAUGUGCCUCAAUAGAGCAAGCGCCAUGGAUGCCACUCUUCGUCAGAAACAGGCCAUGGAGUCUAGGGGCAUCAGACUAGAUCAAACUGCGCUUCAGAAAGUACAGGUACUUGAAGUUGAUACCAGUAAACCUCGUCUCGGCCUUGCCGCGAAUGAGUAUGACCGGAUUGUGAGGGAAACCACUCACAUUAUUCAUAAUGCCUGGCCAAUGACCAUUACGCGGCCGGUGAACGGAUUUGAAUCACAGUUCCAAGCUAUGCGCAACUUGCUUGACCUCGCCAGGGACGUCGCAGCAAUGCGUCCACAAGGGCCUAAGGUGGGAUUCCAAUUUAUCUCCUCAAUUGCCACAGUCGGGCUCUAUCCUUGUUGGACAGGAAAGACAAUAGUUCCCGAGUCACCUAUGACGAUCCGAUCUGUUCUACCGUCUGGAUAUGGACAAGCCAAGCUUGUUUGCGAGAAGCUGGUGGAGAAGACCUUACAACAGUAUCCAGACUGUUUCCGUCCCAUGAUUGCGCGCGUCGGGCAGAUCGCUGGAUCCCGUCAGAGCGGAUACUGGAACCCAGCAGAGCAUUUAUCAUUUCUAAUAAAAUCUUCAGAGACAUUACAGGCACUGCCGGACUUUAUGGGGGACCUAUCAUGGUUACCCGUCAAUGACGUGGCAGCUACUCUAAGCGACUUGCUUCUUUCUGACGUUGGGCCGUCACCGAUAUAUCACAUAGAGAAUCCAGCUCGUCAGUCAUGGAGUGAGAUAAUCAGCCUCUUUGCGGAACUCCUCAACAUUCCACGCACCAGCAUCAUCCCAUUUAAGGAGUGGGUCGAAAAAGUCCAAGAAUAUCCCGCUUCAGGAAACCCUGAGAACCCUGCGAAGAAGAUCUUGGAGUUUUUCGAUGACCAUUUCAUGCGCAUGGCAUGUGGUGGGCUUGUGUUGGACACCACUAUGAGCAGGGCUCACUCUCAGACGUUAGCGAAUGCGAAGCCCAUCAGCGUUGACCUAGUCCAGAAGUAUGUCGAGUAUUGGAAGAAAACCGGGUUUCUACACGGUUAG